AGGCAGAAUUCCGGGUGGAGAGAGUGAGAGAAAGAGAAAGACAGAAGAGAUUUGAGGCCGUAGACUGAACAUUUACAGCGAGAAAUACGAGCUGUAUGUCCGACCCAGGUGCGGCGUCUCAGCAGGAUAUGGGCUCUCCAGGGCAGAUCCCGGGACAAGACAUGGAGCUUUAAGCUAGCCCUCUUCAUCCCUCUCCAUUUGCUGCCUUGUGCUCUGCUCGCCAAAACCACCUCUUCUACCCCUGCUAUAGCGGUUUGGCUCAGACUCCUCUAAGGGAAGAAGAGGGGGGAAAAAACCCAAGUGGGAGGGAGUAGUAAACUUUCCCCAGCUGCUGUCCAGACACACACAUGCUGCAUUGCUGCCAUUCCCCAAGCCCUGCUCCAUCCAUCCCUAGGGCACGGCCACUAGCUUGCUAGCGAGCUAGCGUUCACACAAAGGCAAGGCCUGUCCUCUGGGAUAAAAAUACAAGCAGACUGUGUACACUUGCCUCUUUUUUUUCCCUCUCCCUUUUCCGGGUCACCCAGCCACACUCUCAUUAACUGGGGCUCCUUUUGUUUAGCUGUCAUUCCCGCUGCUCUGAGCAGCGGAGGAUCGCUAGUAGCCAGUCAGUCAGUCAUUCAGCCAGGCAGACUGAGGAAGUCAGAGCGCUUAGUUAUCAGAGGCCAGGAUGAUGGAGCCCAGCAUGGAGAACUGCCUGGCCCAGGUCCUGCAGAAGGACGUGGGCCGACGGCUGCAGGUGGGGCAAGAGAUCAUUGAUUACAUUUUGGACAAAGAGAAGUCCCACGACCUGGAGCAGGAUCAGACAGCGCUGGACAAGAUGGUCGAUGGUAUCGCCAGCUCCUGGGUCAACUCCAGCAACUUCAAGGUGGCACUGUUGGGCUUAGACCUCUUAUCUGCCGUAGUGACAAGGUUACAGGAGCGAUUCAGGGCCCAUGUGGGAACAGUUCUGCCCAGCCUUAUUGAUCGAUUGGGAGAUGCAAAAGACCAAGUGCGAGACCAAGACCAAAUACUGCUGCUAAAGAUCAUGGAGCAAGCUGCCACCCCACAGUACGUGUGGGACAGAAUGCUGGGAGGCUUCAAACAUAAGAACAACAGGACCAGAGAAGGAGUGUGCCUUUGUCUCAUCGCCACGCUGAACACAUACGGAGCUCAAGGCCUGACCCUCAGUAAAAUCGUCCCCCACAUAUGUAACCUCUUGGGAGACCCCACAAGCCAGGUACGUGACGGGGCUAUGAGCAGCUUGGUGGAGAUCUACAGACAUGUGGGUGAGAGGGUGAGGAUGGAUCUCAGCAAAAAGGGCCUUCCACAGUCACGGUUGAAUGUAAUCUUCAGCAAAUUUGAUGAAGUCCAAAGAUCCGGGAACAUGAUCUCAUCCUCUGGCUCAGAUAAGAACUUUGAGGAUGAAGACUCUGUGGAUGGAGGCCGGUCCUCCUCCUCGUCAUCGUCCAAAGCUCCCCCCAGUGGCAGGAGGACUGUAGUGAGCUCUGUGAGAAGACCCAGCUCAGCCACAACAGCGAAGGCCACAGGUAAGGAAGCAGGCGCCGGUGCUGUCGAUGAAGAGGAUUUCAUCAAAGCCUUUGAUGACGUGCCCUCAGUCCAGAUCUACUCUAACAGAGAGCUCGAGGACCAGCUGACCAAGAUCAGAGAAGUGCUGUCUGAUGACAAGCAUGACUGGGAGCACCGAGUGGUGGCGCUGAAGAAGGUCCGCUCUCUCAUGCUGGCCGGGGCAGCUGAGUACGAGGGUUUCCCCCAGCAGCUGCGCCUCCUGGAGGCUCCUUUAAAGCUAUCAGCUAAGGACCUGCGCUCACAGGUGGUCCGCGAGGCCUGCAUCACACUGGGACAUUUGUCAUCAUUGCUGGGAAACAAGUUUGACCACGGAGCGGAGAGCGUCAUGCCCACGCUGCUGAACCUCGUUCCCAACAGUGCCAAAGUCAUGGCCACGUCUGGAAUGGCCGCCAUCCGCCUCAUCCUCAGGCACACACACUACCCGCGUCUCAUCCCCAUCAUCACCAGUAACUGCACCUCCAAGUCAGUGGCGGUCAGACGACGCUGUUAUGAGUUCCUGGACCUCAUGUUACAAGAGUGGCACACUAACACACUGGAAAGACACGUGGCUGUUCUGACUGAGACCAUCAAGAAAGGCAUACACGAUGCUGACUCUGAGGCCAGAUCCAUCGCAAGAAAGUGCUAUUGGGGUUUCCAUGGCCACUACAGCCGGGAGGCGGAGCAUCUGUUCCAGGCACUGGAGUCCACCUAUCAGAAGGCCCUCCAGUCUCACCUGAAGAGCUCUGAUAGCAUCGUGUCCCUACCCCAGUCUGACCGCUCCUCCUCAUCUUCCCAGGAGAGUCUGAACCGGCCGUUGUCUGUGAAGAGCGUCAUCGGAGGGAGCAUAACAAGGAGUAAGCUGGUGAGCACCAGGGUGCACACCACGCCGGGCUCUCUGCAGCGUUCCCGUAGUGACAUCGAUGUAAAUGCCGCCUCCAACGCCAAGUCACGCCUGUCCACCGUUCCCGCCUCCUCACCAUUCAGCUCUGCGGCCGCUCUUCCCCCGGGGUCCUACGCCUCAUUAGGUCGAGUUCGUACCAGGAGACAGAGCUCGGGCAGCGUCGGCGGGUCCAGUACCUCGGUGGUGGACAGUCGGGGGCGCAGCCGAGCCAAAGUUGUCUCCCAGUCCCAGCCCGGCAGCCGCUCCAGCUCUCCAGGCAAGCUGCUCGGCCACAGCAGCUACGGCCGGAUCCCUCGGGCCACGGCGUCGGCCUCCUCCACGCCGGCAGACAAGCGCAGCAGGAUCCCUCGCAGCCAGGGCUGCAGCCGCGAGACCAGCCCCAGCCGACUGGGCCUCGCCAGCCUGUGUGGUAAAGCUCUUCUUCCUGCUGCUCUUCCCUACCGCACGCUAGCCCGGAGCCGCAUUCCCCGUCCCAGCAUGAGUCAGGGUUGCAGUCGCGACACGAGUCGCGAGAGCAGCCGCGACACCAGCCCCGCUCGGGGCUUCGCUCCUCUGGACCGAUAUGGUUUAAUUCACCAAGCAAGAAUCUCUGCGUCAGUCAACGCCAUGAGGGUCCUCAACACCGGCACAGAGGUGGAGGCAGCGGUUGCUGAUGCUCUGCUGUUAGGAGACUCCAGGAAUAAGAGGAAGCCACUGAGGCGGAGGUAUGAAUCACCGGGCAUGUACUCAGAUGAUGACGCCAACAGCGAUGCGUCCAGCGCCUGCUCGGAGCGCUCGUAUGGCUCAAGGAAUGGAGGCAUCCCCCAUUACCUGCGCCAGACGGAGGAUGUGGCGGAGAUCCUGAACCACUGCGCCAGCUCCAACUGGUCAGAGAGGAAGGAGGGUCUGCUGGGCCUGCAGAAUCUGCUCAAGAGCCAAAGAAUACUGAGCCGAGUGGAGCUGAAGAGGCUUUGUGAGAUCUUCACAAGGAUGUUUGCAGAUCCACAUAGCAAGAGAGUGUUCAGCAUGUUCCUGGAGACGCUCGUGGACUUCAUCACGGUACACAGGGAGGACCUGCAGGACUGGCUUUUUGUGCUGCUCACUCAGCUGCUGAAGAAGAUGGGGGCAGAUCUGCUGGGCUCCGUCCAGGCCAAAGUCCAGAAGGCCCUGGAUAUCACAAGGGAGUCGUUCCCAUUCGACCAACAGUUCAACAUUCUGAUGAGGUUCAUCGUGGAUCAGACUCAGACGCCGAAUCUCAAGGUUAAGGUGGCCAUUUUGAAGUACAUCGAGUCUCUGGCUCGGCAGAUGGACCCGACGGACUUCGUCAACUCCAGCGAGACGCGCCUGGCCGUGUCUCGCAUCAUCACCUGGACCACUGAACCCAAAAGUUCUGAUGUGAGGAAGACCCUUCAUAACUGGGUGAGCGAGGAGCUAGCUGGCAGGUCCAGCACUGCAGCCUUACUGUCCGCUGAGGGCAACCAGGAAGAAAGGUGUAAGCAGGCCGCCCAGGUGGUGCUGAUCGCUCUGUUUGAGCUCAACACCCCAGAGUUCACCAUGCUGCUGGGAGCUCUGCCCAAAACCUUCCAGGACGGAGCCACCAAACUUCUGCACAACCACCUGAAGAACUCCAGCAACACCAGCAGCAGUGUGGGAUCUCCGAGCAACACCAUUGGUCGGACGCCGCAGCGUCACACCCCCAGCAGAACCAGCCCUCUCACCUCCCCAACAAACUGUUCCCACGGAGGACUAUCGCCAAGCAUGAUGGAGUAUGACACCGAGAACAUGAACUCGGACGAGAUCUACAGCUCGCUGCGUGGCGUCACCGAGGCCAUCCAGAGCUUCAGCUACCGGAGCCAGGAGGACCUGAACGAGCCAAUCAGACAGGACGGCAAGAGGGACGAUGCUGCGGGAAGAGAAGGCAUGGCGUCCUCUCCUGGCUCUGAUGCCCGCCUGGGCCUGGACAUGGUGGAAGGGGGUCGCACUGCCUUGGACAACAAGACCUCACUCCUCAACACGCCAUCACCUCGCUCCUUCUCCGGGCCACGGAGCCGCGAGUUUGCGCCUUAUGGCUACGGAGAAACCAUCUGUACAUACGACAAGAGCGCCCUGAAGGAGGCCGUGUUUGACGAUGACGUGGAGCAGUUCCGAGACUGCCGACGUCAGGAAAGUGGCGAAAACAAGAUGACGCUCCCCAAGGUCUUUGCUCCUGUCGGUCAGGACCACUCAGACCUGGUAGCGGACCUGCUUAAGGAACUGUCCAAUCACAACGAGCGUUCUGAGGAGCGUAAAGGUGCCCUGGUGGAGCUUCUGAAGAUCACGCGAGAGGACAGCCUGGCUGUGUGGGAUGAACAUUUCAAAACCAUCCUCCUCCUCCUGCUGGAGACACUCGGGGAUAAAGAUCACACCAUCCGAGCCCUCGCCCUGCGUGUGCUGAAAGAAAUACUGAGGAACCAGCCGGCCCGCUUCAAGAACUACGCUGAGUUGACCAUCAUGAAGACUCUGGAGGCUCACAAAGACUCUCACAAGGAGGUGGUGCGUGCAGCCGAGGAGGCGGCGUCCACCCUGGCCGGCUCCAUCCACCCCGAGCAGUGCAUCAAGGUGCUGUGCCCUAUCGUGCAGACGGCCGACUACCCCAUCAACCUGGCUGCCAUCAAGAUGCAAACCAAAGUCAUUGAACGCAUCACCAAGGACUCCUUACUGCAGCUGCUGCCCGACAUCAUCCCUGGACUCCUGCAGGGCUAUGACAACACAGAGAGCAGCGUUCGCAAGGCCAGCGUGUUCUGUCUGGUGGCUAUCUACUCCGUGAUUGGCGAGGAUCUCAAACCCCACCUGGCACAGCUCACGGGCAGCAAGAUGAAGUUGCUGAAUCUGUACAUCAAGCGAGCUCAGACGACCAACAGCAAUAGCAGCAGCUCCUCGGACGUCUCGUCUCACAGUUAAUGGAGGGAGGCUUCGUUUGGAAGCUCUGCGGGUGGAUGCCGGUGGAGGAUUUCCAGAGCAGACUUCUCCGUCUCUGAGCUUCCCCUCCUUCUCAUCAUUACUGCGCUUUUCUCCUGAUCCCAACCACCUGCUGUUCAGUUCCUCCUUCCCGCCUUCGCUCCUGAAACUUUUGAAUGUAACUGGGGAUCGGUUUUAGACUCGUGGGGAGGGAAUCGACACGUUUGGAGUUUUUGGAUGUAGGAAAUGCACUUUCUCUUCCUCCUCGGUCCCCACAUCCUCCACGCCGCCUUCAGUCACAGGAGGCCCGUUUCUCCUUCAGCCCCUGAUCUGAUAGAAUAAGGAGUUCAUACAUGAUGCUGUGAAAUAUUCAUCAUCAGAGUGGAGGAAAUGUUAUUUCUGUCAAACCGACUGCAGUUUUGGGGUGAAGUGUCAUUUGGCUGGCCCAGUGAUGGUAAUGAAUCUAUAGGUUUUGGGAUAAAUUCUGCAUAAAAACCAAAUAUUGUAAGAAAAAACGAAAAGUAAGGGAACAAUUUGACAGAAAAAAAAUACUGUUUGAGCCUUUUUAGUUAAUGUUUUAAGUUUAUUGAUCAUGGCACAUGGGAGCCUGUGCAUUGAUUGCAGUAUUUAUGCUAAUUUCUAAUGAAGAGUGGCUUAAUCAAUUGAACUCCCCUUUCACUAAAACAGUGUUACACUCAACAAGAUAUCAGUUGCCAAACUAAUUGACAAUCCUUCAAAUUUGUGCAGGAAGAUAAAAUCACUUAAGCUGCACAAUUAAAGUCUGAAUCUGUCUUGAAAUUCACAAUCAGAGCGUAGAAGUUGAGCCUGUUUUUUUCACUCUGAACGUUUUUGUUCAACGUGCUUCCACAAACGGCCGCCUGCCGGUUGCCAGUUUGUGGCGUCUUACCUGUAAAUCGGAGGCGAGCGACUCCUUUGUAAAUACUGCAGAUGUUUUCCCCGCUUGGAGCUGGGAGCGAGAUCAGUGACGCGAGACAGAAAAGACGUUACCAGGCCUUAUUCACUUCACACACACACACACACACACACGCGUUUGUCCACUGGGACUGUGGAGAGUGAAUGGGAUGUACAGCACUGUAACUCUUGGCUCUCAAAAAAUGUGAAUCUGCAGGAGGACGGACCCUGGCAGUGUUCUCGACCUGUGACGAUGCAAAUACAGUAUUAGUCGUUUCCUCUCAUCUCCUUCAGUUCCCCCUCACGUAACCACAGCUUCUGCAAUAACCGUGAAUCCACAAAUAAAAGGUAUUUUGUACAUACACUUUUUGACCACUGCUUCGCAAGAUUUCACAUAAAAUCAACGGGGGAAAAAAAAAGAAAAAGUGAACAGGUCGAAUAUCUCACUUUUUUGCACGUUAGCAAAAAUAGCUUGCAUGUAACCUGCAGCACACAUCGACUCUGUGCUGUUUUGACGGGCCCAGGUUUUCGGCUGUUAAAGUGCACUUGUAACAUCAUCGGAUUACUCAUCUCUGAUUUAAAGUUUCAGUGGAGGAGCUGGUCUCGUUAGCCAGGCUCAUACGGAAAAGGUACAAAUGUGACCAAAACCAUGCGUUUGUUAUAUCCAAGCAUCCAGGAGGGGGAGUGAGAAGUCACACCUCUGGGCACGGCUGUGUGUUUUUUCUAUUUCAGUGUUAAGUUUGAGGUAUCGAGAAGCUUUAAAAUGUUUGAUUCCUCUUUAAGUUUAUGAGUUCUCGAUUCACCCCAAAGAGAUAGUUGUCACUACUGGGUGUGAUUUGGUUCAUCGUGGUACAGUUAAUCUACUGUAGGAAGAGAUCAGACUCGUGUUCCUUUUUAAUUUCUGUUAUCUCGUUUGCUAAAUUCUAGCAAAUUAAUAAUAAUAAUAAUAAAAGUGUUCCUAACGUCACCUGGGGACAACCUGAGUCCUUGGAUGGACGCAGUUUUAUCUGAGUGGUGUUUUCAUUGAGGGAAUCCGCUGAGAAUGGGCCAAUUGUGGUUAUUUAAGUAAAUGAAUGUACAGCCUUUUCAUGUGUUAUAAUUAGCUUUUUAAGUAUUGGUACUGAACAUGAUUUCAGCAACAUGCAGCCCUGUACACGCUGUAACAUGCCUGACUGCACUCUACCUUACUGUUCUCCUGAACUGCUUCAGCUCUGUCAGACACUGAUGAGCCUCCUCUGGGGCUCAUUGGGUUUUACCUUCUCUCAAAUUAAAGCAAAUCUGCAUUCUGCACAUAAGGAUGAGUCCACCAAUCGAACUGCUGGUCGCUGUCACAUGACUGGUCCUAGAAACAAACAAGAUGGUAUUCCUUGCAAACUGUUCACUAUGCAUGUUCUACAGUACACUGUCUUUCUUUUGUCUCAAUCGGUCAUGUAAUAUUCAUACCUGUAUUUAUAUAUUUUAUUUUAUUUUAUUUUGUUCUCAUGAUAAACUGUACAGAAGUUUUUUUUUGUUUACUUCCACCUGUGAUAGAUUUGCAACAAUGUAAAGAAAUUGUUUGCUCUAGAAAUAAACAGAAUAAGACCUGA